UGUCUACAUCUAAAGUUUUGCAGCGCUGGUUGUUACAGCUGUAUUAGUACAGCUGUAUAGGGCCAGCGCUGCAGAGUGGCCACACUUACAGCAACCAGCGCUGCAAGUGGUGUUAGAUGUGGCCACACUGCAGCGCUGUUGGGCGGCUUCAAGGGGGGUUCCGGGAACGCGAGAGCAAACCGGGAAAGGAGACCCGCUUCGCCGCGGUUUGCUCUCUCGUUCCCGGAGCCACCCAGCAAACCGCAGGGAAGGAGACCUGCUUGCUCGGGGCUCCGGGAACGCGAGAGCAAACCGGGAAAGGAGACCCGCUUCGCCGCGGUUUGCUCUCUCGUUCCCGGAGCCACCCAGCAAACCGCAGGGAAGGAGACCUGCUUGCUCGGGGCUCCGGGAACGCGAGAGCAAACCGGGAAAGGAGACCCGCUUCGCCGCGGUUUGCUCUCUCGUUCCCGGAGCCACCCAGCAAACCGCAGGGAAGGAGACCUGCUUGCUCGGGGCUCCGGGAACGAGAGAGCAAACCGGGAAAGGAGACCCGCUUCGCCGCGGUUUGCUCUCUCGUUCCCGGAGCCACCCAGCAAACCGCAGGGCAGGAGACCUGCUUGCUCGGGGCUCCGGGAACGCGAGAGCAAACCGGGAAAGGAGACCCGCUUCGCCGCGGUUUGCUCUCUCGUUCCCGGAGCCACCCAGCAAACCGCAGGGAAGGAGACCUGCUUGCUCGGGGCUCCGGGAACGAGAGAGCAAACCGGGAAAGGAGACCCGCUUCGCCGCGGUUUGCUCUCUCGUUCCCGGAGCCACCCAGCAAACCGCAGGGAAGGAGAUCUGCUUGCUCUGGGCUCCGGGAACGAGAUAGCAAACCGGGAAAGGAGACCCGCUUCGCCGCGGUUUGCUCUCUCGUUCCCGGAGCCACCCAGCAAACCGCAGGGAAGGAGACCUGCUUGCUCGGGGCUCCGGGAACGAGAGAGCAAACCGGGAAAGGAGACCCGCUUCGCCGCGGUUUGCUCUCUCGUUCCCGGAGCCACCCAGCAAACCGCAGGGAAGGAGACCUGCUUGCUCUGGGCUCCGGGAACGAGAGAGCAAACCGGGAAAGGAGACCAGCUUGAUUACCAGAGGCUUCCUCCUUCCACGGAGGUCAAGAAAAGCGCUGGUAAGUGUCUACAUUGGAUUACCAGCGCUGGAUCACCAGCGCUGGAUCCUCUACACCCGAGACAAAACGGGAGUACGGCCAGCGCUGCAAACAGGGAGUUGCAGCGCUGGUGGUGCCCUGCAGAUGUGUACACCUUCAAAGUUGCAGCGCUGUAACUCCCUCACCAGCGCUGCAACUUUCUGAUGUAGACAAGCCCUGAGUGUGGACAGUGCUAUGUCGGUGGGAGAGCUCCUCCUGCUGACA